AUUCAGAUAUGUUAGAGCAAUAUCUUUAAUGAUAAGAAACAAGUGAACAACAUAGCUAUGCUAAUAACGAGUAAUGUUCAUUUUGGUUGAUUGAUUGACAAGGACAAACCUUAGAAAUAACUUCGAUGACACAAUGUUGACAAUCAACAAAAUAUCCAUCAAUGACAUCCGUUUUCCUUCUUCAAAAGAGGGCCAUGGUUCCGAUGCUAUGCACAAUGAUCCAGACUAUUCCUGCGUUUACGUCCAGAUCGGUGUCAAUCAUACCAAUAAAGAUUUAAUAGGCCAUGGUUUGACAUUCACAAUCGGACGAGGCACUGAAGUAGUGUUAGCCGCAGCUUUAGCUUUAAAAUCUAUUGUUAUAAACACAGAUUUGGAUCAAGUGUUUAAUCACGCUGGCGGCUGGGUGGAAUUUCAUCGACGUCUCACCAAUGAUAGUCAACUACGGUGGAUAGGACCGGAAAAAGGAGCCAUACAUCUGGCCACUGCAGCCAUCGUCAAUGCAAUUUGGGAUCUAUGGGCAAAACUGCAGGCAAAACCUUUGUGGCAAUUACUAGUCGAUAUGGAACCAGAACAAUUGGUCAAUUGUAUUGAUUUUCAAUACAUUUCUGAUGCGUUGACCAAACAGGAAGCUAUUGAAAUUUUAAGUCGUAAUAAAUCAUCAUUACAGGAACGAGUGGAUAUUAUUCGACGUGAAGGAUAUCCAGCUUAUACUACUGGAGUAGGAUGGACAGGAUACGAUGAUCAAACACGUCGUCAAUUAUGUCGACAAGCGUUGGCCCAAGGUUAUACCCGAUUCAAAGUGAAAGUUGGUUCGGAGAACAUCGAUGAUGAUCGACAUCGAUUACGUAUCGUUCGUGAAGAGAUUGGUAGCGAUAAACUUUUGAUGGUCGAUGCAAAUCAAAAAUGGGAUGUACCCGAAGCAAUCGAAAGGAUGAAACAAUUAGCUUCAUUCAAUGUGCUUUGGAUAGAGGAACCAACAAGUCCCGAUGAUAUACUUGGCCAUGAGCAAAUAGCUCGCCAAUUACAACAGUAUGGCAUCAAGGUAGCUACAGGUGAACAUUGUCAUAAUCGAGUUAUGUUCAAACAAUUCUUAACAUCUGGUGCCAUGCAAUACUGCCAAAUUGAUUCAUGUCGGUUGGCUGGCGUCAAUGAAGUUUUGGCCGUAAUCUUGAUGGCUGCUAAAUACGGCGUGCCAGUAUGUCCACAUGCCGGCGGCGUAGGUCUCUGUGAAUACGUACAACAUUUUGCCAUAUGGGAUUAUGUGGCAGUCACGGGAACUCGUGAUAAUAGAAUGGUAGAAUACGUACCUCAUUUAAUCGAACAUUUCCAACAUCCAGCUCGAAUUCUGAAUGGUCAUUAUAUGGUUCCCGAACAUGCAGGUUAUGGCUGUCAUAUCAAACCAGAGUCUAUCAAAACUUAUAAUUAUCCUAACGGUACUUACUGGGCAACAACAACAAUUACAAUGAUAUGAUGAAAAUGGAUUUUAUUCAAUUCCAAUUUAAUACCAUAUAGAAUAUAUUUGAUAUAAAAGUAAUCAAUACACAGAUGACAACAAUUGAA